CCCCGCUGGUGCCGCGGCGGUCAGUGAAGGAGCCCGAGGCGCGGCGGGGCCGGGCGCCUCGGGGUCGCAGCGGGGCCGAGGGCAGAGCCUCGGGACCAACGGCCGCGGGCACCUGCGCGCUCGCCAUCUUGCCGCGUGCCGCCGCCCUGCGGCAGCGCCUCGGGGAGGCCGCGGCUUCGCCUCGCCUCGUCUUGUUCGCCCGCUGGCUUUUGCGAUGGGGCCGAGCAAAGUCGUAUGAGCGCUGUGGAAGUUGCUCACGGAUACUUCACGUAGACUUACGGUUUGGGGAAGUUUUUGGGGCUUUCCCCUGCGGUGUGUGUUGUCCCUGAGUCUUGCUGAUCUGCCUCUCUGCUCGCCUAGUCGGGUAGAAUUGCUUGUGUUGACUUAGGGGCGCGUGCUGGUGAAGUGGACACCUGAUGGAACAUUCCACUGGGAAGAGUAAAACUGUUCUUACAUGGUAGCUUGCUCAGAGAAGACCAAGAUCUAAACAAGAAAGCUCUCUAAACUACAGUGGCUCGGAACACUUGGACUCUUGAAUGACUGAGGGCAGCAAUAGAUGAGAAAGGGAAAGAAGAGCCACUGAAUGAAUACUUAUGGCACAGAGACAUAUACCAGUAGUAUUCACAAGACUGCAAAGAGAUUCAUGCAAACACUGCAGGCCUUGAGAGGAAAACGUUAAGACUUGACUUUUUGCUGUCAGUUCAGUUAAGCAACUAUGGAAAUAGAAAACAAGGAGAUCUAUAUUAACCCUUCAGAACUCGAUAAUCUAAGUGAUGCUGCAUUUUCUGGUGAUGAAGAAAAUGGUGGGUCUGAGGAACAAAAGACUGAAAUCAAUGGAAACUGGAUUCCUGCAACUUCAAUUACUGAAGCUAAAAUAAAUGCUAGAGCAAAAAGACGAUUGCGGAAAAAUUCUUCUCGAGAUUCUGGGAGAGGAGACUCUGUUAGCGACAAUGGAGAGACACUGAAGACUGGAGCUGUUGUACCAACAAGCCCAAAGGGGAAAGUCCUGGACAGGCGAUCCCGAUCUGGAAGAGGAAGGGGCCUACCAAAGAAAGGUGGGGCAGGUGGCAAAGGAGUUUGGGGAACACCAGGUCAAGUGUAUGAUUUGGAAGAAGUAGAUAUUAAGGAUCCUAAUUAUGAUGAUGACCAGGAGAACUGUGUCUAUGAAACAGUAGUUUUGCCUCUGGAUGAAAAAGCAUUUGAGAAAACUUUAACACCAAUCAUUCAGGAAUAUUUUGAACAUGGAGAUACUAAUGAAGUUUCGGAGAUGCUAAAGGAUUUAAACCUCGGUGAAAUGAAAUGUAGUGUGCCAGUGUUGGCUGUUUCCUUGGCAUUAGAGGGGAAGGCUAGUCACAGGGAAAUGACAUCCAAACUUCUCUCUGACCUUUGUGGGACAAUAGUAAGCAAAACUGAUGUGGAAAAAUCAUUUGAUAGACUACUUAAAGACCUACCUGAGUUAGUUUUGGAUUCUCCCAAAGCACCACAGUUGAUGGGCCAGUUUAUUGCUAGAGCUGUUGGAGAUGGGAUUUUAAGCAGUACUUACAUAGAUGGCUACAAAGGCACUGUGGAUUGCACCCAAGCUCGAGCUGCACUCGACCGAGCUACUGUGUUGCUGAGUAUGACAAAGGGUGGAAAGCGUAUAGACAACGUUUGGGGGUCAGGAGGUGGCCAGCAGUCUGUGAAACACCUUGUGAAAGAGAUUGAUAUGUUACUGAAGGAAUAUUUACUUUCUGGAGAUGUAUUGGAAGCUGAGCGUUGCCUUCAGGAGCUGGAAGUACCCCAUUUCCACCAUGAACUUGUAUAUGAAGCAGUGGUGAUGGUUUUGGAGUCAACUGGAGAAAAGACUUUUAAAAUGAUACUAGAUUUGUUGAAAUCUCUCUGGGAGUCUUCUGUCAUUACUGUGGACCAAAUGAAGAGGGGCUAUGAACGAGUUUACUGUGAAAUACCUGAUAUUAACCUGGAUGUGCCACACUCCUAUUCUGUGCUUGAGCGGUUUGUAGAAGAAUGCUUUCAGGCUGGAAUAAUUUCCAAACUGCUGAGAGACCUCUGUCCUUCAAGGGGCAGAAAGCGUUUUGUGAGCGAAGGAGAUGGAGGUCGUUUUAAACUAGAAAGUUACUGAAUGUGAAAAACAACUCCUGAAGCCUUAAAAGUUUAAAGGGAAAAAAGAUACGUGUGUGUGUGUGUGUACAAUAUGUGUACACAUGCAAACACACUUCUGUAGUGUGUGCAUAAGUGUGUAUAUAUAGGUACACACACACACACCUAAUACACCAAAAUUCUAAAGAGUUGCUUACCACAGUUCAUAUUUUUUUAAAAGUACAUGUUUUGGGUACAAAUCAUUUUUUAAAUAGUUUUAUAAAUUUCAGGAAGAAAACUUUCUUUGGGUAUGUAGUAGAACAACUGGCCACUCUGCUGUGGUGGUGCCUUCAAAUAAGCUAUCUUUUUGCAAGUGCCAUGUGUUUAUGACCUAAUCAUUCCAUGUUUGCAUAGAUGUCUAACUGCCGCUCUUUCUUUCAAGGACAGUGUUUUCAUCAUAAAAUCACUGGUUCAUACAAAGCUUUACAGAAGGGUCAAGUUAUGCUGCUGUGACCCCAUUUUCAUUGCUGCUGAAGAAAUAGUAUGCUUUGAGAGGAAAAAUAGCUGUUUCUUUGUUUUAAGGAGCCCAAGAAAAUGGGGGUGGGUCAUAAGAUGAAUUCAUCUGUUCCAGGGGAGAACACUGGUAGGUUUUAGACUUUCUAGCUACCACUUAACCAACCUUUUUUUUUUUUCCUAUGUAACUGGAAGUGAAAACAACUGGUAGAACAUAUUAAAGUUUUUUUUUUU